CAUACGGGCGCCGAGGCGGAGACCGCGCGCUCGCAGACGCGGCUGUAUUAAACGGUUGCUGGCGCAGCAGGCUGGUUGUUAUCUUCCUGGGUCUCGGGCUUUCGCUUGUGCGUUUGCAGGCUCGCUCUUACCCUGUGACGCCCAAGCAGGCUACAACUUCCUCCUUAUUUUCUCCUGUAGCCGCGUCGUUGCGACUCUGCCACCAUGUUCGAGGCGCGCCUGGUCCAGGGCUCCAUCCUGAAGAAGGUGUUGGAGGCACUUAAGGAUCUCAUCAACGAGGCCUGCUGGGACAUAAGCUCGAGCGGCGUAAACCUGCAGAGCAUGGACUCCUCCCAUGUCUCCCUGGUGCAGCUCACCCUGCGUUCCGAGGGCUUCGACACAUACCGCUGCGAUCGCAACUUGGCCAUGGGUGUGAACCUCACCAGCAUGUCCAAAAUACUAAAAUGUGCUGGCAAUGAAGACAUCAUUACACUAAGGGCGGAAGAUAAUGCAGACACCCUGGCACUUGUAUUCGAAGCUCCAAACCAAGAAAAGGUUUCAGACUAUGAAAUGAAGUUAAUGGAUUUAGAUGUUGAACAACUUGGAAUUCCAGAACAAGAGUAUAGCUGUGUAGUAAAGAUGCCUUCUGGUGAAUUUGCACGUAUAUGCCGAGAUCUCAGUCAUAUUGGAGAUGCUGUUGUAAUUUCCUGUGCAAAAGAUGGAGUGAAGUUUUCUGCAAGUGGAGAACUAGGAAAUGGAAAUAUUAAGUUGUCACAAACAAGUAAUGUCGAUAAAGAGGAGGAAGCUGUUACCAUAGAGAUGAAUGAGCCUGUUCAGCUAACUUUUGCACUGAGAUACCUGAACUUCUUUACAAAAGCCACUCCACUCUCUCCUACAGUAACACUCAGUAUGUCUGCAGAUGUACCCCUUGUUGUAGAGUAUAAAAUUGCAGAUAUGGGACAUUUAAAGUACUAUUUGGCUCCCAAGAUCGAGGAUGAAGAAGGAUCUUAGGCAUUCUUAAAAUCCAAGAAAAUAAAAUUAAGCUCUUCGAGAACUGCUUCUGAGAUGCCAGCAUGUACUUAAGUCUCUUCUGUCACCAAAUCUGUACCUCUCAGUACAUAUGUAGAUAUUUUAUGUAAAUAACCUAUUUUUUCCUCCAUUCUUUACAAUUUGUUUAAAGAAUAAAGUCCAAAGUCAAAUCUGGUCUUGUUAACCUAGAAAUAUCUCUGCCUUAACCUAGAAAUACCCAUGAUUUUCAUAACAAAAGGGUUUUGACUAUAAAUGCAGUUUUAAUUUUUUCAAUUUAAAUAAACGUUAUUUGAAUUUCAAACAUCACAAGACAGUGCCUUCAUUUGGACCAUGACUGUUGCAGGUAUCCUAGGGAAUUCACUUCAAGCUACUGUUUUCUAGAAAUGUGUUUAUUUUUUCAGUCCAGGGGAGCCUGAUAAAUAAUACAUUGAUACAGCAAUAAAAGUAUUCCAAGUACAGUAGCUGACAAGAUAUUUGGGGGGAGAGGAUUUAUUUGUCAAAAUUACUUUGGUAUUCUUCUACCUUUAACUCAAGAAAUGAACAGAAGUAUAGACCAAAUCCUAUAUAUUUAGUUAUUUUGCCAAUUUUGUUAGCAAAACUAACACUUUAAGAAGCUUUAUGAACCCAAAGCCGUGUGUGCUUUAGAAGACUAGCAGUGCUAUAGGGCAGUGUUUCUUUAGCCUAUGGAGCCUUUUGAAAGAAUCUUGAAAGAUUUAGUAGAUAUGAGUUAAGGCCCAAGGAGUGUGUUUGUGCAAAAAUAAUUUUUCUAGUAUAAGUAGCCUUUUGGGGGACUUAAUCCCAGCACUUGCGAAACAGACUGUUGAAAUGUACCUACUAAUGGUGCCACAAGGCCACAAACUGGCAUUCUACAUAUUGAGAAUUGUUUCACUAAAGUCCUUUUUCCCGGCGUAUUUUGGGCUUGGCGGUUUAAAUGACUGAUAUCUUUGGUGUAAUACCUGGAAGAACUCACAGUCCAGUAGGUUACUGUUCAUUACCUUCUGUGUGCCUGGGGGGUGGGGAAGAAGACGGAAAAGGGGCCUGAUGGGAGUUGGGAGUGAUGUAACUAACUUAUCUAGAAUGUGGUGAUGAUUCCAAGCCUAUGCACUUGUCAAACUCCUCCAAUUGUACUUUAUUGUAUGUAAAUUAUACUUUAAUAAAUCUGACCUUUGAAAAGCUU